UAUAGCCGGUGAUCUAGAGUUAUCGGAUACAUUUUCCGGCGAGUCGAGAUCCCUUCGCUUGAGAAUCCCGCAAGAACAGCCCAAGCGCGGAGGAAGGUGCAAGGACAGAUCGGUCGCAAUGAAUAGAUCCAUUCUCCUAUGUCUCGUGGCUGUGGCCACAGCGGUCUACGCCGCACCCAUACCAGGCGGCGGUCUGCUGCCGGGUGAAGCCACGUGGGUGUGGGCGCGUUCGCAGAAGCCAUGCAGCCAAGUGUGCGGCGACUACAACUUCGAGCCGACGAUAGUCGGCCGCUACCACGGCCAAACGCCCUACUACCUGUGCGGCGGGCUCAUGCUGGGCCUGCCCGAGAUCAGCGGCAUCGUGCGGAUAGGGGUCAACCUGGAGCCGAUCGGGUCGACAUCGCCGGCGUACGAGUACGUGAAGAGGGUGUCCACCUCCUGCUUCCUCGCGGACGGGACAUACGAGAGAACCUACAAGUGCCUGUGCGAAGCUAGAUCGCUGCGUUAACUCGGCGGCGGCAGCAGCGCCAUCUUAUCGGCGCAUCUACGUGCCGCUAGUUGCCCUCGGCGAAAUCUCGGAGACGUAGGCAUAAAUCGCUGCUUAGCUGAUUAAAUUUCUAUACGUAUAGUGGAUAUAGAUGUAUUUUGCCCCCUGGCACCAAAUUCGGCAAGUGGUUCAGUGUAUUGAUACAGGGAACAGCUGGUUCCCUUUCUGUUUAGUCACCAAGGUGGCCGGUAGUCAGCGAGUAGGUGGUAGAAUAUUUGCAUCAUUUUGCUGUCGAUCUGCUUCUGCUAAUGAUGUGUAUAUACAGUAUUACUUAACUUCUGUAGUAGAAACAGGAGCCUAUCGUACGUUCGUCUUGUUAUAAAUGUAGUGGUUAUGUUUCUUUUGAACAUUGUUGAAGCAAAAUAAAACAUCCCUUGGGCAAGUAAAUAUUGCACAAGGUGAAAUUUUAGGUAUAUAAGCAUACAUAUAGGUAAUCAUUAGUAAUCAUCAGCCUGAUUAUAUAACCUGAGAUGAUACCACUAUCUUGGCCACUGAAAUUGUUAAGCAUUUCCUCACGUUUCCCGUUAAUUUUUUUUGGAAAUGCUCGUUAGCCUAUCAUAUAUAUAUUUUCAAUGUUACUCCUGUUAUAAUACAUGAAUUUUUGGACUCUGAAAUGCUAUUAACAUAUUGAACAAUAUAUUCAGCUGGCCGCCAUGUA